GUAUGGCGACCAGCAUAGAAUGAAAACACCAAUACCAUCGGGUAGACCAUAAUCCACUACAACCACAGCACACAACACACCCGAGUCCAGCAGAGAGCUGAGCUGAUGAAAAUGUUUUAAUCCGCAACCAUUCUUCGAGAUCGCUUCAUACCUAGAUGUGAGGAGAAUUAUUCAAUAAGGAAACCUGUUACGGGUUGAUUCUGCUUUCGGUUGCUCUCUUCACCAUUCCCCAUUCAGUCGUUCAGUUUCUGCGUUCCGUUAAGAUCUCGUUUCGUUCGAAAGUGCGAAGUUUUUGGUGCCAGCCAGCGAUCCCGACCAAAGGUGUGCCUUCUUUCCAUUCAUAUCCGAGGAGUUCGCAUUGGCCGCCAAUAUUGCCAAGUUGCCAUCUUUUCCGGGAAGUGCGCGCGAGUGCAACAACUGAAUGAGAUCAGUGGAUCAAGCCACCAACGGCGAACACCCUCUUUCCACCGUCUCCGAUUUGUGGUGAAAACGCAUAAAGUGCAAGAGAAACCAAAAAGUGACCCCCUGCUUGCGAUGCUGCUGUGAGCAGAGAUUAGCGUAAUGAAGAGCUUGAAUCUAUCGUGCGGAUCGUAGUUGGCCACGGCGCUGAACCAUUAGAACGGGUUUCAAGGUAGCACGGUGAGUGGCUUACUUAGAUCCACGCAGCAGCAGCAGCAGUAUGCGCAAGUCGAUUAAUCAACUGAAGUGUGAAGAUAUCAGCCGAGCGUAUAGCUAGUGAAGUGUGUUUUACAGCUAUUUUGACCAAGUUUCUUGACCUUAGACGGGUGCUAGGAGUAAUCAGUGAACACCAAGUACGGUGGGUGCAAUGUGAUUCUACGAAGAAGGUGCAGAACAAAGAAGAAAAGGGAAUACUAGAAAGUUUAACGGAGUGGUCCGCGAGGGAGCGAAAACAACACAAGCCAAGUAAGAGAGCACUUACGAAGCAGGAUAAUUGGAGACAUCGAUGCAAGUGUGUGAAGUUUAAAGGUGCGUGUUGGCUUGGACGUGACGGCGGCGACCAGACCUGUUGCGCCGCAGCUUGCAGUGGAAGUUAAAACCUCUCUGGCUAGCCAAAGGAAGUGAAGUGCGGGAAGGGUACGAACCAUCGGGUAAUGAAAGGCUGUCGCUGCUGCAUGCUACUGGUUGAGAAUGAGCGCACAAUGAUGGGAACAAUUCGCACCGGAGACUAACGUGUGCGGUGGAAAAUGAAAGUUUUGUUUCCCCGGCCGGACCGAAAUUCGUCAACUGCAUGAAUCCGCCGUAUAGAAUGCCUCCGCAGCCACUCGGGACGUAUGGUGUGCAAAAUGACCAUCCCAUCCCCGGUACAGCCGCAGCAACCAACGACGGUCCCCAUGUGCUGAGCCCACCCCUGCGAACUCACUCGAGCAAGUUUCCGAUUGAACGCGAGCUGGUGCUUUCCUCGAACAAGAACGCUUCCAAGAUUCCGUUGAUGCAAGAUAACCGAAACACAAGCAUUCCAUUGUUGAACCGGUCGUCAGUUUCCGCAGUUGGGCCGGACUUGCCGACUAAGCAAACGCAGGCAUGGAAUCAAGCCCAAAUUGAGGUCAUCCAUUCAUCCAUAACCGGAACGAUUCCCCGUAACGCAGUACGUUUACCUGAAGAUAUUACAGCUCUAGCAGAACGCGAAGGGCUUUCUAAGGAUAGAGAAACCGUAAAGAAUUCUGUGUCAAAAAAUUAUCAUAAAUUAAAAGACUUGAUUUCGUCUAAGUUCAAAAAGGACAGUACUGACACAGUCGAAGACGAGUUGAACAACGUUUCAUCGCUCCUUCAACACCAGCUCCAACAACAUCAACAACAGCACGAUAGUCUCGGAUCAUCAUCAUUCCACAUGCCUGGAGUAAGUCAAGGUAACAAUCUGAACCACGCUCAGUCCAAUAUCAAUCUGUGGAGUUCAAAUGCCAGGGGUGACUCGCCAUUGUACUACCAUAAAAAGUUUGCCGAUCCAGCAGAAGGUUACAAUGCGGAUUCGCUGUCCGGUUUUCGUAGUAUGAAAGCUAUGUCGCAACCUCAACUCAAUACAGCGGCAAUCGACGUCAACAGAACUCCACAGAAUUUCCCCAACCAAAUGGAUGGAACUGAUAGCGACGAUGGGGGAUUCCGUCAGCACAACAAUUCCCGGGUAACCAUACAAACUCCUGCUCAGCAGCACAAUCGCCAACUGCAGCAAAACUAUGUCCAUAACUAUCGUCACAAUCAUCCUCAAACCGGACAACCAACGCCUCAAAUGACUCCAGUGAACUUCCAACAUACUCCUCAAACAAGACACAAAAUCCUUGCUGAAUACUCGGAUAGUCCUGUCCCGCAUCAACAGCAAAUUCCUCACGGAACAAGCCAUAUGACAAUCAACAUCGGUGACUCCAGUUACAAUGGGCACGAGCAAAUGGACAAAAAUCAUAAUCCAGUGGAAUCCAGCGGACCCGUAGCCGGAGCAAGAUCUGUCCAGAAACCACCGAAUCAACAGCAUUUGAUCAACGGAAAUCAGCAAAUCAACAGUAACAAUACAGUGGUACAGAUAGCAUCUGACUCGUCGCAUGUUGUCCAGAUGAACACCAAUGGGAGCAAGCAAAUCGAUUCGAUUUCCAGCUCCGAUUACGACCGUAAUGGGAAUCACAGUUCCAAUGUGGACUCGGGACGUGGAAGUGCUGCGUACUCCAGUGGAAGGAAAGGUGCUGUUCAGCAAUCGGCCAACCUGGGCAUGGUCGAACAAACUGAGCGGAAUCGUAGCAAAUCUGAAUCGGAAUGGAUCGACGUCGUGGAUGCGGAGCUGCGCAACAUUCUAGAGCCUGGCAUCAAAGGAAUGAUGAUUCGUCCGGAGAGUACCAUGUCGGAAAGUGCUUCAUCCAUGUCUCCUCCGUUGCCUCCGCUAUCGCCUGAUGGUGGAACGCCGUAUCAUGCGACAUCCGGUGGAGGAGGUCCAAACACCAUGCACCACAGCAAGUCGGCCAACUCCUCCAAGCACCAAGCCAAACAGGAGUACGGAACAGACACCUAUAAUCGGGCCAGUAAAAACCCGCAGCCCAUUGGUCCCUCCAAGGGACAUCCGUCGGUGAACACGAUUCAGAGCUACAUGCACAAUCUGAAACUGUCGUCCAGUAGCAAGAAGCACGAGCAAAACAUGCUCAAGAAACAUCUAUUUGGCCUCGAUACGGACGGUGCCUCCGUAACAAACACAACCCGUUCCCUCGACUUGGAAUCGCUUCUCGGAGGUCCAUGGGACGCUGGACAAUCGGUCAGUGAAUCCGAAACGGAUGGUGGACUGCAGCAGAUUCGCAAUCAGCUCGAAGGCCUCGAAUCCAUGUACAGUGAAGUGCUGAAAAUGCUCGGCAACCGGAUGGCCAGUAACGACAUCAGUCAACGAGUCAAUCGCCGAAGACGACACGGCAGUUUGUCUUCUCUUCCAUCCAGUUCGGUUAGUGGUCGCCCCAUCCGGGAUCGUAGACGAACGGAUGAGCGAAGAAAAGUACGAGACAUUCGAGGCAUCAACAAGCGCUUCCAGCGGCUGGAAUCGCACGUGGUCACACUUGCUCGCAGCGUAGCUCAUCUGUCGUCGGAAAUGCGCUCGCAGCAUGUGGUUGCGCAAGAACUGGAGGAAAUUCGGAACGAUAUGGCAAUGUUGCGAUCUCAGUCGAUGCAUCACAUUCCGUUGAAUGCCAGUGGUGGUGGUGCAGGUGGCGGAGCAACGGCAGGAAACACCAGCUCGAAAGAACCGAUGAAUCUGACCAACCCCAGACGGGUGAAGAAGCUUACGAAGUUUUUUGGAGAAGAUCCACCGCUGAUGAAGCUGUUUCUGAAGAAGUUGGGCUAUGAGAAAUAUGCCUCCAUCUUCGAGAACGAACGGGUCGGAAUGAUCGAGCUGCCGUACCUAGGAGAGGAGAGACUGCAAAAGAUGGGCAUUCCGCUGGGGCCUCGGUUACGAAUCCUGCAGGAGGCUCAGAUAUCACUCUGUCGUGACACCACGCUCUGCAUCGUGUAAAGUAGUCACGUUUCUUGUUUUCUACUUUUUUCUUCUUCUUUAUAAUAACUAAGCAACGUGCGACACAGUUCAACCGAGCCAAAGAGAAUCAUCGAUUAACACUAAACAGUAACAUAUAUUCUACGUGGAACAUCACCCCCCGGUCCCACUCCCAGUGCUAACCAGUAAACCAGCUCCGUCCGUUUUCAUCGAGACAGUAUUUUAUACUUGAAGUAUUAUACUAUACUUGAACAGCCCUUAAGAUUGCAUAUCAUGACAAAUAUCAGUGCAAAAUCGUUCCUUGGAACGCCUAUGGCUCUCCCAUUUCCAAUACUCACCAGUGGAACUAGUAUUAUGUUAAUAUACUGUUGAAAUAAACGAUUUUUAAUUAUCAAUCGAAACGCAUACC